AUGACCUGUUGGAAUUUGCAGAGGAUCCUGCAGACACUCCCACCAAGGAGGGAGGCACAGAGAGUGCUGGCCGUGGAAGGAAUUACCAUGCCUACAGAGCUCCAGGCAGCUGUGGCCAACGUCGUUAUCAACACCACAUCCUGCAGUGUCACCUGUGGCUUGGGCUUCAAGGUGGAGGUGCUGUGUGAGAUUACUUCAGCUGGGGAGAGGAGGAACUGCUCCUCACGUCGCUCCUCCUGCCUGACCCAGUGGGUGUGUGGCUUGCAGCACCUCACAACCCUCGUGGGCCAACACAUCCAGCUCAACUGCUUCACCUCUGAUGCUGUCAGCUUUGGGAACCACACCUAUGGCUACACCUGGAGAGUGGCCAGAGGCCUCGUCACCACCAACGAUGUCCUGUUCAAGCCCUUCUCCAACCCCAGCCCUGCCCUCAGCUUCUCCCCGGUCAGGGAGGCAGAUGCAGGGACCUAUCGCUGCGAUGUGCAGGUGCUGGAGGAUUUCAGGCUCAUCAAGAGGAUCUACUUUGGGCUCAGAGUGAUCCCAGGUGACCUGGUGGACCUCAACUUUGAGAAGGCCUUGACUCGGGAGCAGAAGUUGACAGCCAAAGGGAAGGAAGGAGGCACAGGAAAUGGCACUCAGAAGGAGGAGGAGGAGAAGCAGCACUUUCAGGAGAAGGAAUUGUUCUAUGAAGUAGUUUGGGGAGUUGGGAGUGGAGUGAUUUUGGGGGUCCUGGUGAGCCUCCUGCUCUCCUGCCUCCAAGGGGCUGCUCACAGGGACAAGGGGUGA